CAUGUUGUUUUUAUAAUGGAUUCUCGUAUGGAUCUGGAAUCAGUGUCUCUGGAUUCAGAAUUCCGCGGAACACCACUUCAUAGUAGUCUGAGUUUCAUUAGCGUCCAAAGUUUAUCAUCUGCAAGAGGAUCAACACCGCUUACAAAACGUCGCCGUUACUAUGACGCCACAACGCCGAUGGAGAAUGACUACGAGGUGCCUUUACAUCGACUACAAUGUCUUCGAGGAUUGCAUAGCAGUGGUGUCCUACAGAUAGGAAACAAAGAUACAGAUACGAAAACUCGUCGUGUCCUAGAAGAUUAUUUCAAGACCUCGUCACAUUCAAUUAACUCAACAAAACCAAGGAAAGAUUUUCCUAGUUUGAGGUCAAGGUCAAAACCUUUUAGUAAUUUGAAACAAAAACAAAUUGAGUUAUAUCUUCAGAACGACCAAUAUAGAGCUAACAAGACAGACAUUGGAAGAAAAUCAGUAUCUUUUGCGUUCUCAGGAAAUAAAAGGCCAGUUGCAGAAAAUGUAAAAUUAAAAAGGCCAAUCACAGAAAAUGUAACAUUUAAAAGACCACCAGUGACUGUUCUACAGCAAAAUAGUGAGAAAAGCAAUGUCGCCCGACCAUAUUCCGAUAAAUUAUUACUACGCCGACCGGUAACUAAAACUUCACAGUCGUUAACGGUCGAUGAUGAUUUGUUUAUCAGUAUAGCGAGUUCAGUUCAGUUAAAACCACUAAACUUCAAGUCUUCUAACGAUCAAUAUAUAUUCUAUACUCAAAACUAUCCCUUAUUGUUGGACGCACAUGCCGAAGAAAAGAAAAUCAUUAAGAAACGAACGCCAACACCGGAAACAAUGGAAGGUGCUGAUCUGAAGCGAACACUUCAUCUUAAUACCCGGAUGACGGAGUUAGAAUCAAGUUUAGAAACUUUAGACAAAGAAACAGAGGACGUAGAUUUUAGGACAGUGUUGAGAGAUGAUGUAUUUUAUCCAAAUCGAUGGCCUUGGAAUGAGAAAAAGUCCUCUGGUCAUGAUAUUGCAGAAUCUCCACUCGCCAAAUAACCGAUCACUCUAUUGAUACAUAUAGUACUAUGGUUAUGCAAAUUUGUAGGCUGAAAUAUAAAUUAUUAAAUGUUGAUAUAGGUUUUCAA